UCCAAACCUGCAACGUGAGGUGCAUGAACGGUGGGAGCUGCAGCGAGGAGUCCUGCCUCUGCCAGAAGGGCUACACGGGGACGUACUGCGGGCAGCCUGUCUGUGAAAACGGCUGUCAGAACGGAGGUCGGUGCAUCGGACCCAACCGUUGUGCCUGUGUCUAUGGAUUCACCGGUCCCCAGUGCGAGAGAGACUAUCGCACUGGUCCCUGCUUUAGCCAAGUCAAUAACCAGAUGUGCCAGGGCCAACUCAGUGGGAUUGUCUGCACCAAGACCAUGUGUUGUGCCACCAUUGGACGGGCCUGGGGUCACCCAUGCGAGAUGUGCCCUGCCCAACCUCACCCCUGCCGCCGGGGUUUCAUUCCCAACAUUCGUACUGGAGCCUGCCAAGAUGUGGAUGAAUGCCAAGCCAUUCCUGGCCUCUGCCAAGGCGGUAACUGCAUCAACACUGUGGGGUCUUACGAGUGCAAAUGCCCCGCGGGACACAAGCAGAGCGAGACCAGCCACAGGUGUGAAGACGUGGACGAGUGUGGCGCGAUCCCCGGCGUGUGCGACGGCGGCGAGUGCACCAACACGGCGGGCAGCUACGUGUGCACGUGUCCGCGCGGGUUCAUGACCAGCCCCGACGGAUCACGCUGCAUCGACCAGCGCAUCGGGACGUGUUUCUCUGCUCUGAUCGGGGGCCGCUGUGCCGGGGACCUCCCUGGCCAGUACACCAAGAUGCAGUGCUGCUGUGACUCGGGGCGUUGCUGGGCCAUCGGGCAGACUCCAGAGAUGUGUCCUGUCCGCGGCUCUGAUGAGUACCGCAGGCUUUGCAUCGAAGGACUCCCAGUCGUGCCAGGGUUCCCUGGGAACUUUCCAGGAAUUCCUGGAUUCGGGCCCAAUGGUGUUGGGCCGGGACUCAACGGGCCUGGAGGCAUCGGACCAAAUGGGGCGAAUGGACAAGGCGGGAUCCCAGGUCUGCCUGGAAUGGGCCCAGGAAGUUCAAGCAUCGGCACCGCCACGUUGAACCAGACCAUCGACAUCUGCAAGCACUUCACCAACCUCUGCCUGAACGGCCGCUGCAUCCCCACCCCCUCCAGCUACCGCUGCGAGUGCAACAUGGGUUACAAGCAGGACGUGCGCGGGGAGUGCAUCGACGUGGACGAGUGCUCCAGCAGCCCCUGCGUGCACGGCGACUGCGUGAACACCCCCGGCUCCUACCACUGCAAGUGCCACGAGGGCUUCCAGAGCACCCCCACGAAGCAGGCGUGCAUUGAUAUCGAUGAGUGCAUCAUGAACGGAGUGAUGUGUAGGAACGGCCGCUGCGUUAACACCGACGGCAGCUUCCAGUGUAUCUGCAAUGCUGGCUUCGAAAUCACCCCCGACGGCAAGAACUGCGUCGAUCAUGACGAAUGUGCCACCACCAACAUGUGCCUCAACGGGAUGUGCAUCAACGAGGACGGCAGCUUCAAGUGUAUCUGCAAGCCCGGCUUUGUGCUGGCUCCCAACGGGCGGUACUGUGUGGACAUCGACGAGUGCGAGACGCCGGGGAUCUGCAUGAACGGCUGGUGCAUCAACACCGAGGGCUCCUUCCGCUGCGAGUGCCUGGGGGGGCUGGCCAUCGGGGUGGACGGGCGCGUCUGCGUGGACACCCACAUGCGCAGUACCUGUUACGGGGGCAUUAAAAAGGGCACGUGCGCCCGGCCCUUCCCGGGAGCCGUCACCAAGUCCGAGUGCUGCUGUGCUAACCCAGACCAUGGCUUUGGAGAGCCCUGCCAACCCUGUCCGGCCAAGAACUCCGCUGAAUUCCAGGCACUCUGCAGCAGCGGCAUCGGGAUAACGGCUGAUGGCAGAGACAUCAACGAAUGCGCCCUCAACCCAGACAUCUGCCCGAACGGCAUGUGCGAGAACCUGCGCGGGAGCUACCGCUGCAUCUGCAACCUGGGCUACGAGUCGGAUCCCACCGGCAAGAACUGCGUGG